UUUUUUUUUUUUAAUACAUAUGUGUUUCAAAAACAUAUGCAGAAUCGGGCAAAUAAAACGGAUAUAACCGAUUGCACGGGAUCAAGGAUAGUUCAAAUUAGCCGACAACGUUGACGGCGACUGCGACUGCGAGAGAGCGACCAUGGUGUGCAGCGCGUGUGCGUGUGUGUGUGUUUUGUACCGUGUUGUCUGAUUGUGUGCCGUUGUUGUUGUUGUUGUUCUUGCUGUUGCUGUUGUGCGUGUGGUCGACGAACGGAUAGUGGGACACAACGGCAGUGGACAAUCCGGUGGCGGAGCGAUCCGGUGGGCAGGAGGUCAGGAUUAGGCGCAACAUCCUUACCCCGAAACAAUAGCAAGUUGAAACGAGGGAAGAAGGCAAGAGAAAACAACAAAAACGGAGAAGCAGAAAACAAAAACAAAGAAGUGGUUCGGUGUUUCCAUGUCGCCAACUGUGGACCUUUGAUGCCCUCGCAGGUCGCCCGAGGACUGGACACCACCAACAUGCUGCCGAUCAGCGAGGAGCAGCAGCUGCAACAGCAGCAGCAGUUGGAGCAACUGCAUCAUCAGCAGAUACCAGAGAUUCCAAUACCAGAUCUAGAUCAAGUCGAGACCCAGGUGGGCGAUGGCAGCCUGUGGACCGCUCUGUAUGACUACGAUGCCCAGGGCGAGGAUGAGCUGACCCUGCGGCGCGGCGAAAUCGUGGUGGUCCUCUCCACGGACAGCGAAGUAUCUGGCGAUGUGGGCUGGUGGACCGGCAAGAUUGGAGAUAAGGUCGGUGUCUUCCCCAAGGACUUUGUCACCGAUGAGGACCCACUGCAAUUGAAUGUCUCGUCCGCCAUUGGUGACAUCCAGCCGCAUGAGAUCGAGUACAAUGAGCUGGACAUCAAGGAAGUCAUCGGUUCCGGCGGCUUUUGCAAAGUCCAUCGUGGCUUCUACGAUGGCGAAGAGGUAGCCAUCAAAAUUGCCCAUCAAACGGGCGAGGAUGAUAUGCAAAGGAUGCGGGAUAAUGUCCUGCAGGAGGCCAAACUAUUUUGGGCCCUCAAGCACGAAAACAUAGCAGCCUUGCGAGGAGUAUGUCUGAAUACCAAACUCUGUCUGGUGAUGGAGUACGCCAGGGGAGGAAGUCUUAAUCGCAUACUAGCCGGCAAGAUACCACCCGAUGUCCUAGUCAACUGGGCCAUUCAAAUAGCCAGGGGCAUGAACUAUCUGCACAAUGAGGCGCCCAUGUCGAUCAUACAUCGCGACCUCAAGUCCUCCAAUGUGCUGAUCUACGAGGCAAUCGAGGGCAAUCAUCUGCAGCAGAAGACGCUCAAGAUCACGGAUUUCGGUUUGGCCAGGGAGAUGUACAACACGCAAAGGAUGAGUGCCGCGGGCACAUACGCUUGGAUGCCACCGGAGGUCAUCAGCGUCAGCACCUAUUCCAAAUUCUCCGAUGUUUGGAGCUACGGUGUGUUGCUGUGGGAACUAAUAACGGGCGAGACGCCGUACAAGGGCUUUGACCCGUUGUCCGUGGCCUACGGCGUGGCUGUCAAUACGCUGACCUUGCCCAUACCAAAAACCUGCCCAGAGACCUGGGGAGCCCUGAUGAAAAGCUGCUGGCAAACUGAUCCGCACAAGCGACCUGGCUUCAAGGAGAUUCUCAAACAGCUGGAGAGCAUCGCCUGCUCCAAGUUCACCCUGACGCCCCAGGAGUCUUUCCACUACAUGCAGGAGUGCUGGAGAAAGGAGAUCGCGGGUGUGCUACAUGACUUGCGCGAAAAAGAAAAGGAACUGCGCAACAAGGAGGAGCAGCUGCUCAGAGUGCAGAACGAGCAGCGCGAGAAGGCGACUCUUCUGAAAAUCCGGGAACAGAACCUGCGCGAGCGUGAAAUGGUGCUGAUCGAACGGGAGCUGGUCAUGAUGCAACCGGUGCCAUCGAAACGCAAGCACAAAAAGGGCAAAAAGAACAAACCGCUGCAGAUAUCGCUGCCCACGGGCUUCCGGCACACGAUUACGGCCGUACGCGACAAGGCGGAGCAGCCUGGAUCACCUUCCUUCUCCGGACUGCGCAUCGUGGCACGAUACCAGGGCAAUAGCAAGAUGGAUGACUGGCGUCCGGGGGCCACCAACAUGCCGAUUAUGUCGCCAUCGCCGUAUCUGCUCAGCCGUUUCACCAGCAACGUACCCCUGCCGACGCUCUACGCCGGCGACUCUGCGCGGAAGCCGAAGCUCUCCGUGAUCGAACUGCUGCUGUACAACAUGGCCUCCCUGCUGGCGGGAGUGGCGGCCGGAUACGAUGUCCGGAUGUCGAACGUGUCGCCAGUGCAUCCCACUUUGCUGAGCGAAGUGCCUGCCCUGAAAGCGGCACCGAAAGCAGCAAUCACCGGUCCGGAGGAGGUGGAGUCGCAGCCGGAGCAGACGCUGGAGCUGCAGGUGGAUGCGGCACUGAAACAGCAGGAGGGCGAACAGCAGGAUCUGAGGGAAAGCACGCCCCGGAAGAUGGCCACACAAGCCAGAUUUGCUGGCAUUGAAGCUCCGGUCAGCAAAUCGCAGCCCACAUCCCUGGCCCGGCGAAUCGGUGGCAGCCAGCCAUACUACACACCUGUGCAGCGGACACCACAGCAUCAGUUGCACCACCACCAGCAGCAGCAGCAGCACCACCACCACCAGCUCCUCCACCAACACCCACACCAACCACAGCCAGUGCCAUCGGCCGUAGUGACAACAGUAGCGCCAUCACAACCACCAGCCGUGGUGAGUGCACUCUACGCCGGAACCCAGCCACCGACGCCAUCGCCACGCCGUAAACUGAGCAACAGCAGCUUUGGCAACGCCAAUCCGCAAGCGGAUGCCUUCGAGGAGUUCCGUGUGGGCGGUGGCAUCGGUCCACCGCCACUUUAUGCGCCAGCCGAUUACCUGAGAAACGGACCCAGUUACUCCAACGAUGGCGGAAACUACCGAAAUGGUUACUUUGGUUCCAAUUACUUUCCAUACCGGCCGGAGUUGAACUACAGCUACGAGCGUGACUGCAAGUCGUACCCGGACUAUUCCUACGACUAUAACCAUCGGCUGCCGGACUACUACGAUUACCAGUACGAGGCGCCAGUGGUGCCGCUGCCCGUGACCGUUCCCUGUCCGGUGAGCCAGACCCGUACACCACCGCCCCGGGUUCCACAAAUGGGCGUCAGUGCGGCCGGACACCGACGCACUCCCUCGACCGUUUCGAAUAAUUCAAACGUCCUUCUGGAGCACGAAGAGCUGCUGUGCUACGACUACAACAAUCUCAAUCUGAAUGCGGAGUACGAGAGGGAACGCGAGCGGGAGCGGGAGCGCGAGCGCGAGCUUGAGCUUGAGCAAGUGCCUCCACCCACAAAGCAGGAGCUGUACGCCGGAUCACCGAAGCUGCUAAACCGCCUCAUCCACAGUCCGCUGCCGAUGACCAAGAGCAAAUAUGCCACGGCGGCAGUGACGCGACCGGCCAGUCUGCCCUUCGAGCAGCAUGCGCUUUCGCUGGGCUACCAGCAAUCAGGUGCGGGUUCGGUGGUGGCUGCGCUGCCACCACCGCUGGCCGGCCAGUCCAAGCUGCGCAGCUCGCUGAAGAAGUACAAUGGUGGGAAUGGCGGCAAUGGUUCCACAUCCUCGCAGCAGGGCACACCCACUAAUCCCACGCCGCCGGACUCGUUGACCAGCGAUGAUAGCUCCUAUUUGAGUGCCAAAGAGGGUUCCAUUGGCUCCCAGCACAGUCGGGUGCGCUUCAGUCCGGAGGCCUAUCUGGACGCCAAUCCGCUGCCCGCCCUGGGACGCAGGAUGACGGCUCCGGCGAUGCAGCUCCCACAUCAGCAGCAGCAUCAGCAGCAGCACAGACGCCAGCGACAGGCCUCCAAUGGCAGCACUCCGUCGCCAUCGGCCUCGUCCUCCUAGCAGUCGCGCCUGGCGCUAACCUUGCAGUUGGCGCGCAGUCCGGGUGCGGACAUAGGGACCGGCGGAGGAGCGGCUGGCCUGGCGCUGCACCAGCAGCGGGUUCCCUAUCGCUGGUACUCGGGAGCCCGGCGAUCUCGAUCGGCGCACUAUGAGUACCGCUUGUGAGCGAGCAGGACAGGCUCAUCUAGGCGUGCGAAUAAGAGGGCGAUAGCCAUAGCAGCCGGAAGAUCCAGGUGGCGAUAACUGGCUGAAUGUAAUUAAUCAUCUACAGGAAAAGCAAUGGGCGAAAUUACCAAAUAUGAAAAGCCGCAGAGAAACACAAUAUCAGUGGUCGAGAAAUCGCAGAUAAAUCAAAUGGUUUUCAGGAAGAUAGAACAUACAUACAUAUAUCAAAAUAAGAGUGCGAAUGCAAUUCCAGAUACUAUAGAUUGCUGCAGAAUUUAAAAUCUAAGCAGCGCUACAUACAAGUAGUUACCACGUUGUUCAACCCAAGUAAAUAAUAAACUUCGAUGUUACUGUUAGCCAGCAGAUGGACGGGAGAUCCAUAAAGAUCCUCCACUCUCCUGAACGCCGUCUGCCGAGGAUUCAGAGUGCUCCAUGGACAGACACACAUAGACCCACUUGUGCAGCCCCGACUUGUGCGAUUUGCCUUAAAAGUAGAGUGAAGACUUCACUAGUUUUGCCUGAUGCCGGAUUCCAAAACCAAAUAGAACACUUAUCCUAACGAAUCCCAAUCCCUCGACUAAGAUUAGCAAUUCAAGUGGCGCAGCAGCCGUUUCACAUGGCUGAUGUGCUCCCAUUUAUGUAUUAUACACCUAGAUAUAUUCAGGAAGGCCUCCACUUGCGUUCUCCGAUUUCUGAUUUCUGAUUCAGAUUAAGUGCCGCCAGCCAGCCAACUAGCAAGCCAUCAACAACAAUAAUAAUUAGUAAUACUUUGUAAUUCCGAGGACACCACAUCCCGAUCAAGACACACGCCAGCCGUAAGCCGUAAGCCGUAAGCCGUAAGCUCCAUUUUAAGUCUGACAAAAUGUUUAUAUAUUCAUAUAUAUAGUUAUAGACACCUAGAUAUAGGCCGAUAUAGACCGAUAUAGACGCGUUAACCCACAAAACCACUAGCUCUGAAUUGAAUACCAGUUUAACUCGAUCGAUUUACAACUACUUAUAAUGGAUAUAUACGAGUAUAUACACACAUAUACAUAUAUUGAACACAUAACGAGCAUAUUGCUGAUGUUUUUCCAAAUACUGAAUAGCUAUGAUAAACGAUAUAAAGGCGAUGAAUUUGACUACCUUGCAUAUAGGCCACGUACAUAGAUACUUAAUAUGUAAUCAUGUUUGUUUUCGAGUUCUUUUGGAAAUAUAUCUAGAUACUCCGCUGUUCUAUUUAUGCUAUGCUUUCAGGUUUCGGAUUGAAGUUGUUCGAACUCGUUUGAAACAGUGUCUUCAACACGAAACGUGGAACACCUUAGAUAGUACCGUGUAUAUCUUUAGAUAUUUGUGGAAUACCUCGGACAUCAUCCGAUCGCAGCAUGCACAAAUAGCAUCCUUUGACUUUCAAGCAACUGAAUUGCAUUGAAGAUUUCGUUACUCGACUCGUUUGCCACUCGAGCAACUCCCGCAUCUCUAGGCCACAUUGAAAAUGAGCGGGUGGCAAAUGGGCCUCCUCAUGCGUACAUAUAUGUAUCAGUUAAUAACUAUAAUUUAGACAAAUUGUUGUUUAUGCUCACACAGAACUUCGGACAAAAAUAGGAACCGAUUGACCAGAAACCAAGCAAUAUAGCCACUCAUAGGCCCGAAAAAAGGAAACCAGUUAACCUUAACAUUUACCCACUAGCUUAAUUGCAUUUGCCUGCAUUAUUUAUUAAUUAGACGGAGGGCCUGAGUUCUUUGGUUUAUUUGUAUUGCUGCUUAAUUGCCUUUGAAUUAGCAAGCGGGAAAAUUGUAUUGAAAUCGAACUGAAUUAAGGGGGGCGAAAAGUUCGAUUGUAGGGGGUAAGGUGGAAAGGACUCACAAAUAUGCAAUAACAAAAUGCUGCUUGUGACUUAUGUUAUGUACAAAUUAGCAAUUAACAAUUGACGAUUCAUUUAAAUCAUUCAGAGACCAA